GUGCAGCAAAUAGCUAAUGCUGAAUGUGAUUAGGAGAGUUUGGACAACAGCGGAGCAUCAGCAGAUAUCUGAGAUCUCCUUGGAGACACACCUGUUGAGCUGCAGGAACUUCUUACGACUUCUGCUUUCUGAUUUUCAUCGAGGCCAUCGGUUGAGAAUUCAGAAAUGACGGACACUCUUAUUCCCAAUGGGUGCAAGACCAACGGACCGGUGGAGAAUGGCUGCUUCAAAAAGGGAUGCAAUCCAUUUGCUCAGACUGGCCGCAGUAAACUGCAGAAUAAAAGAGCAGUUCUCAACCAGAAAAUCAUCAAACAGAUGAGGAUGAGAGCUGGAGCGGAGAACCUCCUCAAGGCGACGUCUAAUAAUAAGGUUCGGGAGCAGGUGGUGCUGGAGUUGAGUUAUGUCAACUCAGAUCUACAGCUGCUUAUGGAACAGCUGGAAGGACUCAACAGCUCUGUGGAAGUUUAUCAGAACGUACAAGAGACAGCCAGCAUCCCUCUCAUCCCUCUGGGACUGAAGGAGACAAAAGAUGUUGAUUUCUCUGUUCCUCUCAAGGACUACAUCCUGGAACACUACAGUGAAGACGGCUCAAACUUUCAGGAUCAGAUCGAUGACCUGAUGGACCUGAGACAGGCCUGUCGGACCCCCAGUCGUAAUCCUUCUGGUGUGGAUUUGCUUGCCAACUACUUCAGUCAACUUUCCUUCUUGGAGGCUCGAUUUUUCUCCCCUACACGCCAGCUUGGCAUUUUUUUCACAUGGUAUGACUCCUUUACCGGCAUGCCUGUGUGCCAGCAGAACAUCUCUCUGGAGAAAGCCAGCAUGGUUUUCAACAUGGCAGCUCUCUACUCCCAGAUUGGCACCCGUGCCGACAGACAGACACAAGCUGGACUCGAGGAUGCCAUUGCUGCCUUCCAGAAAUCUGCAGGUGUGCUGCACUUCUUGAAGGAGACAUUUACACACACUCCCAGUUAUGAUAUGAGUCCUGCAAUGCUGAGCAUGCUGAUCCGGCUGAUGUUAGCACAGGCGCAGGAGUGUAUGUUUGAGCUGAUCACUCUGCCUGGAAUCCGAAAUGAGUUCUUCAGCCUGCUCAAAAUGGCACAAGAGGCUGCCAAGGUGGGUGAGACCUACAGUCAAGUUCACCAGUCCAUGAUCCAGGCCCCCAUUAAAAACAACGUGCCCUUUUUCUGGACUACCAUGUCCCAUCUGAAGACCAAUCACUACAACUCACUGGCCCAUUACUUUGUCUCCACCGCUCUGCUUGACCACCAGUUGACGCCUAGUGAUGAUGAGGACAAACAAGAGAAGGCUUUUUCACAACUUUACGACAUCAUGCCAGAGGGACGUUCUCCUCUUGACAUCCUGAAGAAUAAGGACGACAGACGGAGAAUAGGUAAAGCUCAUCUGCAGCGCUCCAUCAUGGGACACGAAGAGGCCAUCCGCACGCAUUCCUGCUGUCGACACCUGCAAAAACUGGACAUCCUGAGUGACAUUCUGCAAGCUAGCCUCAAACGCUCUCUUACCAAGUUCGACCAAAAUGAUAAGGAAGAUGAGUUCACGGACUACAUGCUUGCACCAGAUAUUAUCUCUAAAACGGAAAAGAAAGCUGAGAUGGAGAUUACAGCUGCCAUCAAGGUGAAAGUCACAGACCUAUUCCAUCGGCUGGGGCCUUUGUCAGUGUUCUCAGCUAAGCAGAGAUGGUCAGCUCCACGCACCAUCCGGCUGAGACUGCAGGAGAGAGACCUCGGAUUCACUCUGAAGGGAGAUGUGCCCGUUCAGAUACAGUCACUCGAUCCCCUUUGUCCCGCAGCAGCUGAGGGACUGAAAGAGGGAGAUUACAUUGUUGCUGUGGGCGACACAGAGUGCAAAUGGCUGGGAGUGAGUGACGUUAUGAAGCUUUUAAAGGAUGUGGAUGAGGAAGGCGUCGACAUCAGAGUGGUCAGCAUGAUGGACAGCAGUAGUCAGCCAAUGCCCACCAAGAGUGCUACUUACUGCAGCGGUCUGUCGAAGACCUACUCCAUGAUCUGCCUGGCUCAUGAUGAGGAUGAUAAAAACCCGAAGUCUCGCAAGGUAGCAAAAAAACCAUCAUUCCUCAGCUGGGGUCUCAAGAACAAGAAGAGCAGCAGCACGCUGAGUCUGCCUAGUGCAGAUUACAAUGGACCCUGGAACAGACCUACCUAUCCCAACUCGUAUAAUGAAAGCGCGCUCUACUAAACAUACAGUAUGCUGAUAGUGUAAAAGCACAUUAUAUUGCAAGAAGAGGAGGAGAGAUUUUUAGUGAGAUUCAGAUAAAUUACAGAUGGAAAAUAAAUAUGUACAUUUUGCACAGACCUAUAAACACAGGUGUAAGCUAUACUUUUGUUCCUUCGAUAGUCUGUUUGUCCAGAAACUCUCGCCAAUAAAUUAAAGGUGAAUGAUUACGUGUUUUAACAAAUCAGUUGAUAAAAUCUAAGAUAAAAUGUAUGCUGCUCAAAGUAUUUUUUUAUUUUUCUUAGUUUGUUUUAUUAUUGUUUUAUUGAAUGGCUAAAUGGUGUUAUGAAGGAUUUUUCUUUUCUUUUUUUUUUUUUUGGAAAAUUCCACAAAUUAGUGGUAUUAACAGACAUCCGCUUUAAAUUAAAAAGAGGGCUGGUAGGUUGUCAGAUGUUAACAUGCAGCCUUUUUUUGAGCCUGUAGCUUACAGACAGACCACCGCGGCAGGUUUCUGUGAUGAUCUUGCGUCAUCGAAACAGAAUUCUAAUCCGGUGUCUGUCACUGUAGAAGAACAGAAUGUAGGACGGUGAAUAGCUUUUGGCCUUGGAAUGUCUAUACAAACAGUAAUAUGAUUUGGUGUAACUCAAGUAUUUACGUACUGAAGCGAAAUACUAUGAUAGGAGUCUAUCGCCAAAUUCAAGCAAGAAGGAUGGAAUAUAGCAGUGAAUACAAAUGUCGUUCUUUUUAACCUUUGUUUCAUGUGUUUUACCUGACACUUUUUCAGUGUUCAGUGGAAUAUUUCACUGUCUACAAAGUAGAUUUUUAUACACAUUUGAUAAUCAAAUAAUUUAUAUGCAAAAUAAAGUGAAAAAUAUCUAUAUAAACAUGUAUUAAUUUUAAGUAUUUAGGUUUUGCAUUGUGAAACUGUGGUCUUUUUUGGUUACAAAUCUUUCUGUUACUUGGUGUACGCUCUUCUGUUUAAAUGGUAUAGCUCAAAGGCUACAGUGUGUUUUUCUGUCUUCCUGAUAAUAUUUAACUUUUCAUUUAUUUGUGGAAAACACUGCCUCUCAGAAUCCUAGAAAGUCAGAAGCUUUUAAAAUGCCUUACAACAGUCUACACUGACAAAAUUAUAUUUAACUGGACUUCCACUCCUGCUUGUAAAAACUUUAUUAUUGUUAAUGAAUGUAUCCUUACCAUUUAUGUUUCUGCUAGUGCCACAUUUUGAAUUACAAUGACAAACACUGUUCUGAGGGGAUGUUGAUAUUAUAAGAUUACAUAAUAUUGAUUCUUUGAAAGUUAAUGUUCACAGAUCUUUGCAAGCCAGAAUCUGCAUCAGUGCCCUAAAUUUUAGUAAUAAUAGAGCAGAUUUAUAGAUUUAUAGUUGCUCUUGUUUCUACAAUUUAUGUAGAUUACCAAUGGAUACGUAUAUGGAAAUGUCUGGAUUAUGAUGCAAACUAUAUUGUUGUCUACAUUUAUGUUGUAUAUGUACAUUUUGAUCUAAAUAAAAUAUGGGGUCAAAGCUGUGGCUGUUCUUAUUGUGUAA